CGAUGAUGAUCUCACUCUAUCUCCAACGCGUGAUCCCUGUCACCGCCAACUCAAUCCCUCCAAGCGCGAAGCCCCACCUACACCAUCUUGAACUCACAUUCGACUCAAACACCCCACAAACGCACACGCGCAAUGCUGCUGCCGACGUUGAUCGACUUACGGCGGCCAGAAGGGAAAGAGCUCGACCCCGAGGAUAUCUUUGGAUCCUCCCUCGGCGGCGUCUUCACCGACGACCUGCAGAACCAACACGGCGACGACCCAGAAACCGUCAUUGUGUACAAGAAUGCACAACACGGCAAUCUCGAGUUCCAGACCGCGGACAUAAAUGGCGAGGAGGAGAGGCGGAAGAUGGCACACUAUUUAUGGAACGCUGGCGUACUCAUGGCCGAGCUUGUAGGCGGAAGGCCAGAGGAGGGGCAGAGUUUGCAGAUUGAUGUGUUUGGGAAUGAGGGCUGGAAGGAUGGCGAGUGGUGGGUGAGCAGAGAGGAGGAGAGACUGUGGAGUGUGGAGGGCGAGAGCGUGAUUGAGCUUGGUGCAGGCGUAGGACUGGCCGGUGUCAUGAGUGCCCUUGCUGGCGCUGAGAAAGUUGCUAUCACAGACUACCCAGCCCCACCGAUCCUCUACGCGAUCAAAGCCAAUGUCACAAAGAACAUCAAACCACCUCUGCAGUCGCGGAUGACUGUCGAGGGCCAUCUCUGGGGCGACACUUCCUCUGACUUUGCAAUCGCCAACGCACACAAAUAUACGCGGGUCCUGGCAGCAGAUUGUUUAUGGAUGCUGGGAGAGCACGAGAACUUGGCGAAGUCGAUGCUUCACUUCCUUGCCGAAACUCCAGAUGCGAGAGCCUUGUGUAUAGCCGGUUUCCAUACCGGCCGUGCUAAGCUUGUGAUAUUCUUCGAGGACGUAGUCCCUCAGCAGGGACUGGAGGUGGAGGAAAUGUACGAGAUGGACGCAGAUGGCGUACGGCGGCCCUGGGCAAGGGAGAGAGAUGGAGGCAGAGAGGACAUCGGCGAGCGGAAGAAAUGGCUGGUGGUAGCACGGCUACGGCGGCGGGCCGUUUGAUGUUCGCAAAUCGUGACCGU